UUUGGCCGCUCAUUCAGCAGCCGUCAACGCCGCGCGCGCGUCUGGAGUCUCCCGACGCUGCCAACGCCAUGGUGCGGGAGGGGCAGCAUGAAGUGGUGGUGAUCGGGCGGCAUGCGACGCACGGCUAUCUCUUGCUUCUGAAUCACGGAAUGGAAGGCAAGGAGUACAAGCUGCCAGGCAAGAAGUUCGCGCAGCCAGGGAAGAAGUUCGUGCAGAAGAAGGGGGAGGAGUACUAUGAUGCGGCAAAGUUGGCCGCCGUGCGUGUGAUGCUCCAGCAGACCGGUUUGAAGGUCGCACCCCGACGUUUGCAACGGGUUCGCUUUCCGGCACAAGUUCAGGAGAAGCUGGGUAACAAAGUCUUCUUUGAGGUUGCUCUCCAUGACGAGGACAGUUUGUCUGUUGGCACCACGGCGCUCUCCGGAGAGCCGGAGUUCCUCCUGCAGCUGGAUGAGUCUUUUGGCUUUACCUUCCACCGUGAUUUACGUCAUGCUGCAGCAGCGGUCUCUAGCCGAACCAUGGCUAAAGCUUUGUUGGCCACCGAAGCCAUUUACAGUGCGGACAAUUGUUGUUUGCUGGGCAUUUUGAAGCUCUUCAGCUGGUGGUCAUGAAGCGAGCGAAAGCACGGACCCUUCGAAGGAGUAUGUGAGAGGGUCGCCGCGCUUGUGAUUUCGCUUACUGGAUAGACAAUUGGUCGAAAAAUGCCAUGAAGUCACUCAC